AUGCUCUGCCUGGGGCCGCGGGCCGCACGGCCGCCCGGCGGGCUGCCGCUGAGGGUCACCGCGGGGGUGCCCUCCAGCUUUUCAGCUGAGAUGUUUUUUACCUACACAGCAACCAUGCUGACAGUGGUUGCCUUCCAGCCGCUGCUCACCAGCCUGGGCCAGUGGGCGUGCACUUCCCUGGAGCGCACGCUCCCAGGCCUGCGCUUCCUGGAUGAGGCGGCGGUGGAGGCGGAGCAGCUGAAGAAGGAGAUGGCCAACAUGGACGCCGCCAUUGCGGAGCUGAACAGCCAGCUGGCGCAGGAGCGCGAGAAGGUCGAGAGGCUGAAGAAUCCGCUGCCCGCAGAUGCGCCCAGCGACAAGGAUGCCUGA